ACCGGGAGCAAGAGAAGACCGAUCAUCAAGCAGCCAGACAACUCCGAUCACCGAGGGACCGAAGUCCUCCGGUGGUAUUUGGUUUCCCAACUCACAGCAGCGACCGAGAUCCGGGAACUACGACGGCAGGCACCCUACUUAUUACUUCACUCUUUCCGUCUGCCAUUUUGCUCAUUUGGCUCCGUAACGCGCGAGACCACUCCAAGAUCAAGUGGGUACCGUGGGGGUUCUUACCGGUGGCCACGCAGUGAGCGACUUCCCACAUCUCUGAGAUUUUAAAAUCCGCAGGGAAGACCCCGACUUGCAGCCAAAAAAAUCAGGUACACAAUAGUACUAGUAGUGUUAGGGCCCUAUUCAAGGGUCUGACCGCACUGGCAAAAUGGGGUUCACAUGGGAAGCCAUCUAUUCAUUCUUCUCCCCUCCUACCUCGCGCAAUCCAUCCCCGCAAGACGCACCGUCGCUCUUUUCGUCUGCGUUCUUUGCCCAACCGACCGAGGCCACAAAAGCCAAACAGACGGACUUGACAAUGCCCUCGUUUGCCUCGCCGUUCGGGCGGCAGUCGCCCAAUACAAUGUCAGCCGACCCAUCCUCCUGCCAGCAGUCGCCCGGCGGCCGCGAUUAUCUGUCUUCAACGGCAUCGUUCGGGCGGCGAUCACCCAUGCCCUCCCCGGCCGAAUCCUCCAUCUCGGUGUUGCCGCCGAGCGAGCGGGACUAUUCCCCGCCCACGACCCCCUCAAGCGCCUUACUGCAGCGGCGGCCCUCGGCGUCCUCGGCCGCAUCAGGCAGAUCAACCGUGGCGUCGGAACCAGAGCAUCGGCCGCAGCUAGACAGGUCGCACACCACGCCGCCGUCACCAACACUCGAGGCGGCCCAGGAGAAGAGGCCGUCGCCCCGGCGAUCAGCCACGGAGGUCGUCGCGCUAGACCCCAUGUCGCGCUCCUACCCGAAACCGGCGGAAGAGCCGAGCUUAGAGGAACUGCUUGCGCGUCAACCGCUCAAGUAUUCGCUCGGUCACUACGUCAAGCACGCCAAGGCGGUCGACCCCAGCGCCGUCGAGGCGCGGCUGAAGGAGGAGGUGCUCAAGGCGCGGGAGGAGAUGAGGAGGGAGUUGCUGAAGGCGAAGGAGGAGCUCGAGUCUAAGGUUGGGAUGAAGGGGAAGGCUGCGCAGAAGCAGUGAUUCUUUUUUUGGGGGAGGUUCUUCUCUCGUAAGGGUGGGGGACGGGGCUCUUGAGAGUUGAGAGCGUCGGUCGGUUGGUCGUCGAUUCGUUUCUGUCGGGGGUCGCAGUAGAUGUGCCCACCGGCUUGGCUAGGGGCUCGUUCUGGGCAUGUGUUGAGAGAGUAUCAUGUUUGGCGUCAACGGUUUGGUUUUGGUCUGCGUCUUGCGGGGAGUUCAAGCGGCACAUUUCAUCUUU